AUGGGUAGGUCUGACCCAUGGGUUGGGCCAACCCAUGCCAUUAGAUUCGUUGCGCAGCCAGCGGUUGAUGCGGUUCAACCGCUGAUCUGUGUUGCGCAAGCGAACCGCUCCGGAUGGACCGGAUCAAUCAACCGCUACACGAGGAUACAACUCUCGGCUAAUUCUGGCACUGUCUUUCAUCCACCAUCGAUAAUGGAGGCUCACGUCCUUCAAGCUGACUUGGAAUUCCAGGGAAUGCUGAGCAUGGUGGCUCAGAGGGAGGAAGACCGAUGGGACUCACGGCUCAGUAACCUUCGUGAUGGCGGGCCAAUUGACGUGAAUUCUCAUGGUGACAAUUGGUGGUUGGAGCAUUUCCGGUUUACUCGGCAUGAGACGGAAUCUCUAGUGCUGGCACUCGAUCUUCCAGAAUAUAUCAUAUGUCCUGAAUCACGCAAUCGCGAGGACAGCAAAACAGCUUUGUGCAUGCUUCUUGCCCGACUCACCCACCGCUCACGACUGAACGACAUCGAGAUGCAGUUCGGCUGGGAAAGAUCAAGAUUUUCACGGUUCACACGUCUCAUGGCCAGCACCAUCUACUCGCGAUGGAAGCAUGUUCUUCGAUUCGACCCCAAUCGACUUACACGUGAAAAGCUAGCCUACUUCGGGACUGUUAUCCACAACAAAGGUGCACCCACAGACCAAGUUGUUGGGUUUAUCGAUGGCACUAUCCGCAGGAUUGCCCGGCCAGUUCGGAAUCAGCGGCUGGUGUAUAACGGAUGGAAGCGCACUCACUGUCUCAAAUACCAUGCCAUCGUUACACCGGACGGUCUAAUUUCCCACAUCUUUGGCCCCGUGGAAGGCCGACGCCAUGACGAGACACUGUAUCAGCAGAGCGGCAUUGCUCCAAUACUGGAGAAGCAUCUGUGGUCUCCUGAUGGUCGGCGAUUGUGUAUCUAUGGUGAUCCUGCCUACGGAGUGUCAGGUCAUGUUCUCUCCCCAUACAAAGGCACCAAUCUCACAUCAGCAGAAUCCCGAUUCAACGCGAAGAUGAGCCGCUGCCGCGAAUCUGUUGAAUGGGGAUUCAAAGAAAUCACAAAACAAUUUCCAUAUCUAGAUGUUGUCCAAAAUCAACGACUACUACUAUCACCGUGCGGCCUAUACUAUCUUGUCGCCGUCCUUCUUAUCAACGCCCACACGAUAUUCCACCGCCCCCAAAUAUCGAACUACUUUGGAUGUGCACCCCCAAGUCUUGAAGAGUAUUUUCAUGGAGAAGCAGUACUUGACGAAGAACUGGAUGAGUGGUGUAUGCAAAGCGCGUUCGAAGAGGACUCACAGGAAGAAGAUGACGAAGAGAUUGAAUCUAUAGAUGAUAUAUAA